AUGGUGCGGAAGGUCACAGUUAGCGAACCAUUGCUGAAAAUCGGUUGUACUUUAGGGGAAGGUUGUGUCUGGGAUUCUCGAAGACAAAGGCUGUAUUUUGUAGAUAUUGAUCAAAACAAGAUUUACACCUACGAGCCUAGCACAGGUAUCUAUGGCUACCAGACUUUUUCCAACAAGAUCGGCUCCAUCUCCGCAAUGGAGAAUGACACAGGCCUGGUAGUAGACAUUGAUACAGGUUUCGCUUUCGUUCCAUUUGAGACCUCCUUGCCGUUCCCACCGGACAACACUCAGAAACAGCUGCAUCACUUGCCAAUCGAGGUGCCCUUGAACAAGGAAGAGAAACGUUUCAACGAGGGUACAACCGAUCCUGCUGGCCGAUUUCUUUCAGGCACUAUGGGGCAUGAAAUCGGGACUUCGGAUGGCCGAAUGUUUGCCUUACAAAGCAAACAAGAUGGGACUGGUCUCGAAGCGCCUCUGAUAUUAGAUAACAUCACAUGCACGAACGGAAUGGGGUGGACGGCAGAUGGGAAGACUAUGUAUUUCAGCGACAGUUGGUUGCGCGAGAUUGCCGUGUUCGAUUACGAUCUCGCAAACGGAGUAAUGAGCAACAGAAGAACCUUUUCAAUCCUAGAUGACUCUUACGGGUGGCCUGAUGGGAUGUGUACAGAUGCCAAAGGAGGAAUAUGGUCAGCCCGGUGGCAGAAUGGAACGGUCAUCAGAUUCACCCCAGACGGAGAGAUUGAUGUGAUUGUGGAAUUUCCCAAAGCUUGGCACAUGACCUGCUGUGUUUUUGGAGGUCCCAAUCUCGACGAGCUUUAUGUGACGUCCGCUAGCUCGAAUUACAUUGGAGAGAAUUUGCCAGAACGAAGCGAUGGAGGAGACCUUUUUGUAGUGAAGGGUUUAGGUUUCAAAGGUGUUGAGAGAAACAGAUUCAGAGGAUCACUCACUAAAUAG